CCUGAUUCUGACACAUCACGCCCCCAAACGCAGCCGCAUACCCAAUACUCACCAUAGGUCUGGAUGGGAGGUGGCGCUGGCAGUGACGAGGGUGCCAUCCGCCAGGAUGAUGUCGUAGCAAUGGACGUUGUCGCAGAUGAAGCCAUGCUGAUAGCCGGCCGUACCAUCCAAGGAGUCGGCGCCGGAGGCAUGUAUGUCCUGCUCGACAUUGUCUGCGCCGACCUGGUGCCGCUUCGCGAGCGCGGCAAAUACCUAGGCCUCAUGUUCUCCUGGUCCGGCCUGGCCGCAGCCCUGGGCCCCGUCGUCGUCGGUGCCCUCGCCGAAGCCAACUGGCGCUGGAUCUUCUACCUGAACAUCCCCAUCUGCGCCGUCGCCCUGGUGGCCAUCCUACUCUUCAUGCGCGUGAAAUCUGGUGCCCACCCUAACCACACCAGCCCCCUUCCCUCCCCACCCAGUCGCCUCGACUACCUCGGCACCCUCAUCUUCAUCCCCAGCAUGAUCUCCCUCCUGCUAGGUCUCAUCCAGGGCGGGGUCGACCACCCAUGGUCCUCCUGGCAUAUCAUCACUCCCCUCAUCCUCGGCAUCAUGGGCUGGAUCAUCUUCCACAUCCAACAAACCCUCACCUCCACCCCCAGCAUCCCACCUCAUCUCUUCACCACCCGCACCUCCGCAACCGCCUACCUCCUCACCUUCCUCUCCUCCAUCCUCGUCCAAGCCCUCUCCUACUUCCUCCCCAUCUACUUCCAAGCCGUCCACGCCACUACCGUCCCCCGCUCCGGCAUCUCCUUCCUCCCCUUCGCCAUCGGAACCCUCUUCUUCGCCGUCCUGGCAGGCACCCUCCUUAGCGUCUUUGGCGCCUACCGACCCCUUCACGCCAUUGCGUUCGCCUUCUCCGCAGUCUCAUUCGGCCUAUUAACCCUUCUCGACGAGUCCUCGACCACCGUUGAAUGGGUUUUCUAUCAACUCAUUGCGGCCGUCGGCGCAGGGAUGAUUCUCUCCGUCCUUCUGCCGGCGAUUAUGGCCGCGUUGCCGGAAAGGGAUGUCGCGGCCGCGACGGCGGCGUAUAGUUUUGUUCGCACGUUCGGGUAUAUCUGGGGUGUGACGGUUGCGUCGGUGGUGUUUGAUGCAGUGGUGGGAGGGGAGCUUGCGGGGGUGCGGGAUGCGCGGGUUAGGGGCGAGUUAGAGCGCGGAGGGGCGUAUGCGUUUGCGAGUCAGAUGCAUGGGAUGAAGGGGGUGAUGGGGGAGGAUGAGUGGAAGGUGGUGGUGGGGGUGUAUGUUAAGGGGUUGAGGAUAGUGUGGUGGGUGGGUUUGGGAAUCAGUUGUUUGAGGUUGGGGGCGGUGUGGAUGGCAAAGGGACUGGAGUUGAGGAAGGAGUUGGAGACGGAGUAUGGGAUUGAUGAGGGGGAGAAGAGGGGGGAUACAUCGUAACGUGAUAGGGCAUGCCCAUCUAGCAGGAUACAAGUAUACCAUCCAAAUCAUUGCAUUCUCUCAA